AUGGCUGAUAGCACAACUCUGCAUAUGGUGUUACUAGACUUCUACUUCCGGCCGCCGCGAGCCCGAGACUUUUUCCCGCCAAGACGCGGACUUCCGCCCCUUCGGCCCGGGUCCGCGUGGGACUGCGCAUGCGCGGCGCCGCUUCCGAAUUCGCAGGGCUGCUGCGGGGGCCGCGCCCGGGCGGACAUGGAGGGCAGCUUGCUGCGCCUGUGCCCGCUGCUCCUGCCCCAGAACCGGGAGAAGACCAUCUACGAGGGGUUCAUCUCUGCACAGGGAAGAGACUUCCACCUCAAAAUCAUGUUGCCUGAAGAUUUGCAGGUGAAGAAGGCAAGAUUGCUCUGUAGUUGGCAGCUGAGAACAAUACUAAAUGGAUACCAUCAAAUAAUAGAACAGAGAAUGCAGCACUCUCCUGAUCUGACAAGCUUUAUGAUGGAGUUGAAGAUGAUUUUGGAAGUUGCUUUAAAGAAUAAGCAAGAGAUGCACAGGCCACCUCCUCCACAAUUCUACUCACGCCUCGUUGAAGAGCUGGGAACACUCGGCUGGGACAAACUCGUGUAUGUGGAUCCUUCCUUCUGCACCAUCAAGUUAACCGCCAAAGAUGCGUCUGGUAGGGAGCAUCACAUCACCCUCAAGUUGACGGCGAAGUAUCCAGAAGAAGCACCAGAUUGUUUGGUGGAUUUUCCAGUUCCAUUUCCUGUGUCUUGGACACCACAGAGCUCCUUAGAAAGCAUUCACAGUCAGUUUUUAGCAGCCUUGGACUCACUGAAGGCAUUCUGGGAUGCUAUGGAUGAAAUCGAUGAGAAGACCUGGGUCCUUGAGCCAGAGAAUCCCACCCGGAGCGCCACAGCACGCAGGAUUGCACUAGGGAAUAAUGCGUCAGUAAAUAUAGACGUUGACCCCAGGCACCCCACCAUGCCUCCCGAGUGUUACUUUCUAGGAGCUGACCAUGUGAUAAAACCCCUGGGAAUUAAGCUAAGCAAGAAUAUACAUUUGUGGGAUCCAGAAAAUACUCCGUUACAAAACUUGAAAGACGUUUUAGAAAUUGAUUUUCCAGCUCGCAGUAUCCUGGAAAAAUCCGAUUUUACUAUGGAUUGUGGAAUCUGCUAUGCUUUCCAACUCGAUGGUGCAAUUCCUGACCAAGUGUGUGAUAAUCCCCAGUGUGGACAACCUUUCCAUCAGAUAUGCUUAUACGAGUGGUUGAGAGGACUGCUGACCAGUAGACAGAGCUUCAACAUCAUAUUUGGUGAAUGUCCGUAUUGUAGUAAGCCAAUUACAUUGAAAAUGGCUGGGAGGAAACCCUGA